AUGGAGAAUUGCAUAAGAAACUUACGCGAGAGGUCGUCGAAGCUAGUGACCGACUUUGGAGGGAGACUAUCGAACCACUUCAUCGCUACUUUCGUCAAGGUUGUCACAAAAGCCUUGCAGCGAGUAGCAUCAGAGGCGUCGGCUAGCUACCACUGUCGCUAUUGCUGUCUUCACUCAGCACUGCCACCACCACUUCUACUGCCGCCACACCACACUUUCCGGUCCUCUGCGUUGUUGCGUUUUGUCUCUGCUCCUGCGAACUACUCAGGUCUUGGAUAUCUGCACAGCAAUGAAGCAAGCAAACCUACAAUGGUUCACCAAAAUAUUUUAGUUGAAAAAGUUCUUCUUGACAAUCAGUUUAACCCAUUGAUCAUGGAUGCUGGGUUCCCCAAGCUUCUAGCAGACGACAUUGUUUACUCGGCACCAAAAGUUGGUGUUGCCAUGGGAUACCUAGCUCCUGAAUACAUUACCACUGGACGCAUCACCGAGAAGAGCGACGUUUAUGCAUUCGGUGUCAUUGUUCUUUAA